AUGUCUACUCCAGGUCAGAACUCUGCUGUUGUCAAGGCAGUCUUGUCUGGCGAUACUCUCAUCGUCAUGGGAGCUCCUCAAAACGGCCCCCCCCCUGAGAAGCAGAUCACUCUAUCCGGCAUCAUUGCUCCUCGCCUCGGCCGUCGUGACGGACAGUCGAAGGACGAGCCCUUUGCCUGGCCAGCUCGCGAGUUUCUCAGGAAAGCUUGUGUAGGGAAGGGAGUGACGUUUGAGCUCGAAGAAUUCGUCGCCAGCAUCGGCAAAUCCUUUGGGCGCGUCUACUUGAAUGGUCAGGACGUUGGAGCAAUGAUCGUGUCAGCUGGCUGGGCCAAAGUUAAGCCGGCGGUGGGAAACAACGUAGCCAAGAAUGCCUAUAUCGAUGAGUUGCUGCAGCUUGAGCAGGCAGCACAGGCCCAAAGCCUUGGCAUGUGGAGCAAGGAGACAAACGCAUCCGCUCUCUCAAUCCGAAACAUCUUGGUUCCUGGCGAUGGAGGAUACGACGCUAAGGAUGUUCUCGAGGCGUUCAAAGGCCAGUCGAUUCCUCUUGUGAUCGAGCAGUUCCGUGACGGUGCGACUCUGCGAGGCUACUUGCUCCCUUCCUUCCACUGGGUCACGAUCUUCCUGUCUGGCAUCUCCUGCCCCGGAUUCAAGCGUGCUGAAGAUCCGAGCUUGCCCGACACUGCAGAGCCAUUUGCGAUGGAGGCAAAGUACUUCGUGGAGAGCCGUCUGCUCAAUCGAGAUGUGCACGUGAUGCUGGAGGGUGUGGACAAGUACAACAACUUUUACGGGACUGUGAAGCACCCAGCCGGUAACAUCAGCGAGGAGCUGCUCAAAGUUGGUCUUUCCAAGGUGGUCGACUGGAGUGCAAAGUUCACUCAGGAUCCUGAGCUGUUGUACAAAGCCGAGAGAAUCGCUAAGGAGAAGAGGCUGAGGAUGUGGCAGAACUAUGUUGCGCCUGCUCGCAGUGCCACGAUUGCAUCUGCUGCCGAGUUUGUUGGCAAAGUCUCUGAGGUCAUCUCGGGUGACUUCCUCGUCAUCAAGGACUUUGCUGUGCCGCCCAUGGAGCAUCGCGUUGCUCUAUCAAGCAUCCGCGCGCCGAAGAUAGGAAGAAGAGACGAGAAGGACGAGCCCUGGGCCUUCGAGGCCAGGGAGUUUCUUCGCACGAGGCUUAUUGGGAGGAAGGUGACUGUCGGCAUCGACUACAUCCGACAGCUCCCCAACUCCACUGCAGAGACUGAACGGGUCUUCGCCUCCGUGCUGGAAGGGAACAACAACGUAGCCGUUGCCCUCGUGGCAAACGGGUUGGCCUCUGUUAUGAAGCAUCGGCAGGAUGACCAGGACCGUUCGCUGUACUACGACGAUUUGAUCCAAGCGGAAGCCGCUGCUACUAGAGACAAGAAAGGCAUUCACUCCGACAAGCCUCCUGCUCCCCGCCAUGUGAACGACAUUUCCACUCAGGCAGCGCUUGCUCAGGCGAAGCAGAUGUUUACUUUCCUUCAACGAGCUGGAAGACUCCAAGGAACUGUCCAGCACGUUGUCAACGGAGCUCGAGUCAAGGUGUACAUCCCGAAGCAAAGCUGCAUCAUCUCUCUUGCGCUUGCUGGCGUCAAGUGCCCAUCCACAGGGAGAAAGGAAGGAGAUCAAGGAGAACCUUACGGUGAGGAAGCGCUUCAGUUUACCAAGGAGAGGUGCCUGCAGCAUGACGUCGAGGUCGAGGUCCUUGCGCAGGACAAGAUCGGCACAAUGAUCGGCAAGGUCUACCUGUACAAGCGCGACCUUUCGGCGCUUCUGCUGCAGGAGGGCCUUGCAAGGACGACAGGCAGAGAUCUCACUAACGAGAUGGAGCAAGCAGAGCUGAGCGCUCAGCAGGCUAGGCUGAGAACAUGGGAGAGGUACGACGCCGAGUUGGAGGCUGCACGUGCCGCAGAGGCAGCGGCAGAGGUGGUGGAGCAUGCGUCUCAAGAGAUGAGCAUGAUCGAGCUCCUGACCGAUCGCCUUGCCAACGCCAAGCUUGACGGCAGCAAGUCUGAUUUUAGUCCCAAGGUCGGCGAGGCCUGCGUGGCGAAGUUCUCGGCAGACAACCAGUGGUACCGUGCGCAGGUGGAGGCACGCAAAGCCGACUCGUUCCUCGUCCUCUUCCGUGACUUUGGCAAUCGAGAGGAGGUCAAGCUCAAGGACUUGCGGCCCAUCCCUUCCUCCGUCCCCUCCUUCCAGCAGAUCCCCCCACAGGCGGUCGAGUACAAGCUGGCGUAUGUCAAAGUCCCGUCGGCAGAUGAAGAGAACAUGGCUGAGGCCACUGGCUUCAUGCAGAACCUGCUGGGGGCCUGCGAGGGUGUGUUGAGCGCUAAGACUGAGUUCUUCGAACGAUCCGGUCGCCAUCACGUGACCCUCGUCGACAACUCGACGGGUGAGAACGUUGCAGCACUUCUCCUCCGCAACGGACUCGCCAAGCUUGAGAGGAGGCGACAGGACACGCCAGGGCUCAAGGAAGAGCAGGAGCGCGCGAGAAACGCGCAUCUCGGCAUCUGGCGAUACGGUGACGCUGUGGACUCAGACGAGGACGACCGAUCGUUUGCUCAGGACGUGGCGCAGGCGCGAGCCAAGGUGAAAGGAGGCAAAUGA